AUGGCAAACUGUGCAGAAAUCAUAAAAUCUGAAUUUCCACGCAUUGAUGAUGAUGUCUUCCAGUACAUUGACGGCAUACUGAGUAACUCAGAUGAUAUUGAUGAUGGAGAGGAACUAUAUGAUGCAAUUGGUGCAGUUCUCCAUGAAAUUGCCGUAGAGAAAUCAGAACAAGAUAUAAAAGACAUUUGUGAUAAGCUGUUGAAUAUCUUAAAACCAGAAAUGUCUUUAAAAAAUGGCACCAACAAAGUGCUCAAUGCUCCUGUUCAUCUGGGGACUAUGGCUGCCAAUCUCGAAACGAACAUGGACGAUAUCAAAAGUAUAUGGGUCAUGCAAAGGGAUGAUGUUCUGAAAGUAGACGCCAAAAAAUUAGAAAAAGCUGAGGCUAAGUUACAACAGAAACAAGGCAAACGGGAUCAGGUGAAACCGACUAUCAUUCCAGUCAGAACAAAUUCAGCAACAGCGUCUCAGGUGACAAACAAAAAGGAAGCACGAAUGGAAGCAAGAGGCACCAAUAGAGCAGCUGAUAUUCGAAUUGAAAACUUUGAUGUGGCUUUUGGUGAUAGGGUUUUACUACAAGCUGCUGAUUUAGUGUUGGCGUUUGGCAGACGAUACGGUUUAGUUGGACGAAAUGGUCUCGGUAAAACUACUUUGCUGAGGAUGAUAUCAAGCGGUCAGCUGAAGAUAGCAUCACACAUAUCUAUUCUGCACGUGGAACAAGAAGUCACCGGUGAUGACACUCCUGCCUUGGAAAGUGUUCUCGAGUGCGAUACAGUGCGGCAAAGUUUAUUACAGAGGGAAAAAGAACUCACAGCUUUGAGUAAUAGUGGGAGCACAGAUGCAAACAUCAGUGAUGAACUGAGUGAAAUUUAUGCGCAGUUGCAAACAAUAGAAGCCGACAAAGCGCCUGCCAAAGCUAGUGUUAUUCUUGCUGGUCUUGGAUUCAAUCCCGAGAUGCAGAGGAGAGCGACUAAAGAAUUUUCCGGUGGAUGGAGAAUGAGGCUGGCAUUGGCUAGAGCCCUCUUUUCAAGGCCUGAUCUUUUAUUACUCGAUGAACCUACUAACAUGUUGGACAUGAAAGCUAUCAUUUGGUUGGAGAACUAUUUGCAGAACUGGCCCACAACCUUGUUGGUCGUUUCUCACGACCGGAACUUCCUUGACACCGUACCAACAGAUAUUCUCCACUUGCACUCUCAGAGGUUGGAGUCAUAUCGAGGUAAUUAUGAAGCUUUUGAGAAAACCAAAACAGAGAAACUGAAGAAUCAACAACGAGAAAUUGAAGCACAACAGACGCACCGAGCGCAUGUCCAAGAAUUCAUCGAUAGGUUCCGAUACAAUGCAAACCGAGCAUCCAGUGUGCAGAGUAAAAUUAAAAUGCUAGAAAAAUUACCUGAAUUGAAACCAAUAGAAAAAGAAAUUGAAGUGGUGCUGAGGUUUCCUGAAACAGAGGCGCUUUCUCCUCCAAUUCUUCAAUUAAAUGAGGUCACCUUCUGUUACGAUCCAUCCAAACCUAUUUUUAAAGAUGUCAAUUUAGGAGCAACUCUAGAGUCUAGGAUAUGUAUAGUGGGUGACAAUGGAGCUGGUAAAACAACACUGCUGAAAAUCAUCAUGGGCAUACUUAGUCCAACGUCAGGUUCAAGGCAUGUCCACAGAAAUCUAAAAUUCGGUUAUUUCAGUCAGCACCAUGUAGAUCAAUUGGAAAUGAAUGUCUCCUCUGUUGAACUUUUACAGUCAAGUUAUCCAGGUAAAACUGUGGAAGAGUACAGGCGUCAACUAGGUAGUUUUGGCAUAUCUGGGGAUCUCGCAUUACAGAGUGUGGGCAGUUUAUCAGGAGGUCAAAAAUCAAGAGUUGCCUUUGCCAGAAUGUGCAUGGGAAAUCCCAACUUCCUAGUUCUUGACGAACCUACAAAUCAUUUAGACAUAGAAACAAUUGAAGCUCUUGGCAAGGCCAUUGGUAAAUACACGGGCGGUGUGAUUUUAGUUUCUCACGACGAAAGAUUGAUCAGGAUGGUGUGUAAAGAACUAUGGGUGUGUGGCGGAGGUUUUGUUAAAAGUAUUGAAGGUGGAUUUGAUCAGUAUAGGCAAAUCGUGGAACGAGAACUUGCAGAAGCCUCCAAGUAAGAAAUGCUUCCUGAAUAUUCGAUUCUUCAACAUCUCUUAUCCAUUUUGUUUUCAGAGAGCCUUUUUUUGUAAUUUUUAUACCUGCACUUUUAUACAACAUGUGAGCAUCUGUAAUUUUCAUGAUUCAUACUCAAUGUGUUGACUGCCCGAUUUUUUUUGGCCAUAUAUUCAGUUAUGAUGAAAGACAAAGGGUAAAACCUCUCUCAGAACUUUAUCUUUAUCAUAAUAGCAUUCAUUAAGAUGAAUGUCUUAAUGCGUUUGGUAACUGAGCAACAGAACUCCAUAAUGAUUUUUAUCUUUUAGAAUAUAGGAUGGGGUAAAGAAAAAUAGGCUCAAUUUUAACUGGACUACAUUUUGCGCAAAGAGAGUGCUACUUCCAGCUCAUACAUAAAGACUCCUAUCUCUACUGAGAAAAUUAUAGCUCUUGUGCUCUAUCUUGAGUGAGUCAGAAAUUAUAGUUCCAUUUUUCAAAAUUCAGUCCAAUUAUUGUAUGAAGCAUUAAUUUUUCCCCAACUGUGCCUGCUCGCUAUGGUUGAAAUAAUGUUUGUUUUGAUGCGAUUUGUCAAGGCUCCAUUAAUUUAAAAGUCUCAAAAGAGAAUAAACAUGAACCCUUUGAUACUCUUCUUUUUUGAUUCUAUUGUAACUUUACAAAAAUAUCAUGAGGACAAUACUUAUUAUGACUGGUAUUUAGUUUCAUUUCCUACAAGGGAGUCAAUUUAUCAAGUGAAGAUAUACAUUUGUAACAGAAUAACUUUGCUUUCAUCCUGCUCUUUGAAUUAUAAUCCAAGAUGAAUAGCAUCCUACUGAUCAGAAAAAAUUGCUUGAUACCUUCAGUUAUUUUUGAAAUGAAGUAUUUUGCCUCUAAAAAGUUUACGUCUGGUUACUUCCAAUAUCCUGGAGAUCAGGGAUUUUUAUUAUGCUUUACUCAGCGGAGAAAAUGUGACUCUCAGGAGUAGUUGUAGUAUGUGUAUAUGUUGUAGUGUGAUGAAUUGGACGUUUUUCUGCCAAACAGAACUAUGUGCAUUCAGACAUGAGCCCCGAGGCCAAUGAGAAUAUAUGCAUAACAGGGCUCACGUCAUAAUGCAUAUAGUUCCGUUUGGUAGAAAUACGUCCAAUUAGGCCUCAAAGACCUCAAGAUUUUUCCAAAAUUUAGUGUGGUAUGCAGUUAAAUCAUUUUAAAGUUAUGAUUGAGAAAUGGUUUGAAUUAAUGCCAAACUGGAUGAAGUUAAGCAGACAGAAAUCAACUUGCUCAAAAUUCCUGAGAAGGGAAAUAUGUUCUAAGUUCAAAUUCUCCAUCAAAUUUGAUGUAGAUUCCAAUUGUCAAUUCAAUGGUACAGGGUUCAUUCUUGAAUUUUUAUUUGCCAUUUUUUGAUACUAGAAAAUUUGGAUGUAUCUGAAGUCAUGUUCUAAACAGCUCUUUACUCAAUUUUUGGACUUGUAAGUAGGUACCUUUCUGCCUUUCGUGGUCUAAAAUCCAAAAAUUUCUGAGACAUUGUUAUUAAGCUUAAAUUGUUCUCCCCAAGCAAAAAUGUAAAUAAUUAUUUUGUAAAAAGUGAGUAUUUUUUAACUCAAUCGUUGUGUAAAAACAUAUUAAAUAUUUUUUAGUCGA